AAAUGUCAAAGAAAUAAGCAUAAGCAAUAAAGAUGGUUGCUAAAAGACGAGGGAAAAGGAAAAGUGGCUCAAAAGACUUGCUAUUCGAAGUCAGUGACAAUGAUGUAUCCACAGACGAUUCUGAAACUGAGUGUAAUGAACCAGAAAAGAAAAUUCUAAAGACUGAUUCAAAUUUUAUCGAGUCUGUGGUAAAUGCCCUUUCUAACCUAGAAAAUGAGAAGAAAGAAAAAGAAACAAACUGUUCCAAAACAGAAGUUAUUGAAAUUUUAGACGAAAGCAGCAAAGGGAGCGACAAAGCUGGUAACGAUAGUGAUAAUUCGCUGAUAGUUAUAGAAGAUAGGUCUUUUGUUGAGAAUGAAGAUUCUGCUAAUCAAAGCACCCAGAAUUCAGAAUGUACUGCACCUAUCCAAGAGGAUGAUACACCCUUGGUGAUAUCACAAACUUUUAUAGAAUCUUGUGACAGUGGUAGUCCAAAUGAACUUGAAGAAGCAGGCUGUGCAAAUAAAGAAAUUAUAGAUGUAGAAGAUGGAGAAGUAACAUCUGAAACCGAUUCACCCGAACCAAUAAUUCAAAUCAGUUUUAGCACUAGAAGCAUUAGUAAUGUGUACAAACAGAAGAUUUUAGACUUUUUCAGUUCCUGUACGGAUUUAAGGGUAUUUAAACAUGACGAUCUCUCUAUUAUUGUAAAACCUGAAGAAGAAAAAGCAAAUAAUGAUUGGAUUACUUUAGACGACACUGGUAUAAACACCAUUGUCGAAUCUAGUACUCAGGAAAUUAAUAAUGUAGAACAAUCAAUAUCACGUAGCCCAGCAAAAAAGAGAAAGAAAAAAAAGGCAAAGAAAGACAAAGACUUGUUUGUACUAGAUACAGAGCCAUCUCAAGAACAGAUCCAUACCACGAAAUAUUCCAGUAAAUUUCAAAUAGAUAUUACCAAGGAGAAGGAGAAUGACGAAAAGAAAGUCAGAAUUUCUGCGCAGAGUUGCUUUAAUUGUGACCAAGGACAUGCUCUUAAGGAUUGUCCAUUACCGAAAAAUUAUAAUAAAAUCAACAUGAAGAGACAGCAGAUGAAAAUGAUGAAAGAAAAACAGUCAGCUCGAUACCACCUCGAGGAAGAACAGAAAUACGCCCACUUAACGCCAGGUAAAAUAUCAGACAAACUGCGCGAGGCUCUGGGCAUAAAACGUAACCAGUUACCUUCUUACAUAUAUCAGAUGAGGGGACACGGCUAUCCCCCCGGAUGGUUGGAGGAAGCCAAAUUUGUGUACUCCAAUUUGACGAUGUUUGACAGCGACGGGAAUAACGUACGGGCGAAGAAUGUUAAGAAGAAUCAAGGGCUCGACACCGAGAAGAUUAUAGAAUAUCCAGGAUUCAAUGUGCCGAUGGAAAAGCAUUGUAAAGAUGAAUAUCGACAGCAUCACGUACCGCCCUAUUCAAAUCAAUUUAGUAAAGCAGCGAUGAUUGAGUUCUUCGAGAAACAAUAUUCAAAACAACAGGAUGAUUUCGAAACUCAAGAUAUGGAUGUGGAUGACGAAGAACACGAUAUAGCGAUGCACCGAGGAAAAGCUUUGGAAACAAGUGUUCCAUCACCCUCGUUAGUUGCUUUGGAAAAAGAAAAGCUAACCCUUUUAGCAGCCCUAGACGACAGCUCCAAUUCCAAUCUAAAGUCAGAGAGCGGCGAAACCUCCAACAUAGAACAAACAGAAGUAGAUCCACUUCCGCCUGGAAUUGACGACUCAACUUCUGAAGACGUUACAAAAGUGCCUUCAAAACUAUCUACAUCUUCCGUCUUAGAAGACUCGCAAGAAACGCCAGAAGCUGACGUCACGCCUAUUAAUAAAAAAGUCAUUCACAGUAACUUCGGCACCCCCAUAUUAAAAAGUUGUUCUCCCUAUUCUAUCCUACCCAAUCCGGAUAAUUUCAUGAAAGACGUAAGCCCAGUGAUCAACUUCGAGAACUUGCCCAACUCUACGGGCACAUACGAAAAAAUGGUCGGCCUGCUACAAAAAGUUCGAAGUACCAUGAAAAAAAUUCCGAAGGACAAUUCGUGAUAUUAAAAAUGAUAAUCAUCGUUCCAAUAAGUACAAAUCAAUUUUUGUAUAGUAGAGAAUUGUGACAGGGAGUUAGUUAUAUUUUUCAAAAACGAAUGUUCUUCAAAAUUGUGUACAGUAUAAAUUGUAUGGUUGGAUAAAGUUUUGUUCUCUUUGAUUGAUGUUUGUGAAUUAGAGAAACGUUUAUAAGAACACUUUUCUGUUAUAUCGGGUGUAUUUGAUUAUGUGUUGCUAUGUUGUAUGUGUAUACGAUGUUUGCACUGUUAAUUUUUGAAAGGAAUAUCUUAUGAUUUUUAUUAGAAUAUUCGAUUAUAUUGAAAGAGCGAUUGAUAUUCACCAAAAUAAUCAAUUUUGCUAAUUAAUAUUUUGCAUUGAAUUAUGACAGCGUCUGUGCGAGCUUGCCAAUUUUUUGUCAUAAGUUUAAAACAUUUUAAAUGAUUUUCAGUUUUAUAAAUAUUUUGAUAGAGUUUCCAACCUCAACCAACUGGUAUAUUAUUACAAUGACAUACGAUAAAUGUCAUUAAAAUAUAAAUACAUAUAACCAUAAACAUAAAUAAAGUAUAAUUAUGUGACGACACGGGCCGUUUGAACUAUUUUAAAUACGCAGGAGAUUUUAAAUUUGUACUUCUAAGUUAUUAUGAGUUUUUGAAGCGUGAAAUUUUAGAAAUCUCAUUUUUAAACAAAACUGAACAUUAUUAUGUAACAAAAAAAAUGUGUAAGUUUCAUAUUGCUAAUAUUAUAAAGUGUGACGUACUAAGUCUCGAUCAUCACAAUUAAGUAAGUGUUCAAGUGUUGUUAUCAAAAUUCAAGUAUUUUAGUUGCAUAUUAUGUCGUAUAUUUGACAAUCAGUAACCAUAAAAAUUUCUUCUUUCGCAGAAAUCGCUUCACUUUGAUAAAAUGUCACGUAAUAGUUUCUUAAUAACCAUUGGAAUUGAUUGUUUUGUUCACUAAGCAUUUUACAAGUUUUCUCCACAGGUGCCAUAUUAUUUUUAAAGACUGGAACAAGCUUGUAGUAUUUCAAUUGGACUGAUAUCUCUCUAAUUGUAUCAAAAUAAUAAAAGUGUGACAAUGUACCCUUUAUCGGUGAAUAGUGCAGUCACUGAAGGUGGAUAUGAGCUAUUACCUCCGAUUUCGUUGAACCUCCAUCGAUUUACAUGAAAAUUGGUGAGUGGUUAUACGAUAUCUCAAGGAAUAAAGGUGACAUUGUACCAACUUGCGCUUUUACCCUGGGGGUGGAUGCCACCCCUACUCGGGGGAGACAAUUAUUUGAUUAAAAAUAACCCCACAAUUCGAUAGAGGGACUAACUCUAAGAAAAAUUUGUUAUAUAAAGUUAUUGAAAUAAAUCAAAACUUUUUGACUUAUUAAAAAGAUUAAAGAUUUUAAUUUUUCGUGAGAAAAAUGCAUGUUUUUAACCGAUUUUUUAUAAAUAACUCAAAAACUAGUAAGUUUUUACAAAAAAGUUAUUAUUACCAAAGUUAAAGCUAAUAAAAAACUAAAUAAAUUCCUUACCAGAAAAACCUUUUAUUGUUAACUAAAAGUGAGUUAUAGGUAAUUGAAUGUAUAUUUCUUUGACUACCCCAAUCUAAGUAUUCAAGCUUAAAUAACGGGAAAUUAUGCAUUUUAUAACAUAAACGAGCCCCCGACCAAGUUGAUAGCAUUAAAAUUUAUACUACAAAAAUUUUUCAAAAAAUAUCUUAAAAAAUUUUUCUAAAAAAUGUUUUUUUUUUUUUUUUUUAACUCUAUAACUCCAUAAAUUUUGUGAUAUCAAAUUCACCUAAAAACCAUUUGAAAGCUAAAACUAACGGCUUUUAAACCACGUUGAACUUAAUCUUUGAAACCCCUUACCUUUUUAAAAAUAAAAAUUUAAAUGGCCCCGGUUACAUGGUUCUAGCAGCAAAAUUAAGAUUUAAACGUUAUUAUCUCGGUUAUUUUGUACCCUACAGAAAUAGUAGAAAAGGUAAAAUAUUUUAUAGAGAAAAAACUAAAAUUUGGUUAUAUGUCAUUUUUUUCUUAUAUUGAGUAUUUUUGUAGUUAUAAUUAAAAGAAAAUGAAAGCUUGUUUUAUUUUUCACUUUUUCCAAAAAAAUUCAAAAAGGUUCUCUUAUUUUCAUCAUAAUUUGCUUCACUUUGAUGCUAUUAACUUCUUCUGGAACUCAUUUGAUAGGUAUUCCGAAGUACUUGGAUAAGUUCUUAGUAGGUAUAUUUUAUAAAAUGCAUCGUUUUCCCGUUAUUUAAGCUUGAACACUUAGAUUUCUGUACUCAUCGAAAAAAAUAUACCUUCAAUUACCCAUAACUUACUUUGAAUAAACAUUAGUGUAGUUCUUUAAAUGAGGAUUGUAUUCAACUUGUUAUUAUCUUUAAUUUUUUGCAACAAUAACUUUUUUGUAAAAGCUUAUAGUUUUUGAGUUAUACGUGAAUAACUGUUUUAAAACAUGCAUUUUUUUACGAAAAAGAUCUUUGAUCUUUAAUAACUAAAAAAGUAUUGAUUUAUAUAAAUAAGUUUAUAUAAUAAAUUUUGCUUAGAAUUUAUCCCUCUAUCGAGUUAUGGUAUUAUUUUUAAUUAAAUAAUUUUCACCCCCGAGAAGGGGUGGUAUGCACCCCCAGGGUAAAAGCGCAAGUUGGCAUCAUGUCACCUUUGUUCCUUGAGGUAUUCUCUAACUACUCACCAAUUUUCAUGAAAAUCGAUGGAGGUUCAACGAAAUCGGAGGUGAAAACCUUCAGUGACUGCACUAGAAUGUGAAAUGUGUAUUAGGUCAGUAGUAGAGGUGUGUUUUACUACAAAGAAUAUGCUUAUUCAAAAUAUGUUUUGGAAGGAGGUUUUGUCCUCUAUAGGAGGAUAUCGGAAGGACUGAGGGGGAUACACUGGGACCGAUAUAGGAAUAGACGUGAGAUGCGCGCAAACCGGAGAAGGGAUGCAGAAUUCAUUUGGGGUUUAAAUGACAUAGUUUCCACGGUUCUUACAAAUAUUGACGGAUUUCUUUGAAAUUUUGUUUACAUGAAUCAUUGUUUAUAACGAGUUGCAUGUAAUUAUUUAAAAUUUAUAAAUUUUAAAUAGUUAUUUAACAAUGUUCGAUUACUAUAAAUUCUUUAUACUAUAUAAAUAAUCUAAACGAGCUGUUUUGAGCUAGUGUGUAAUUUCCGUCUUCUUUUCAUAUUCUUAACAUAUUUAUAUCGUAAAAUGUUUUCCAAAUGUUCAAUAUAAUUCUUUUUUCUGUAACAGACAUAUAAUAUCAUAAUUUGCAACCUCUUGUCAAUUGCUGAAACGUCACAUCGUAUCCCUUGGGGUAAAAUCUAUUUAUAUCCUGCUCGCGAACGUCAACAUUAUCACAGUUGAUCACUCCUAUUUUUAUCAAUUGAAGGAAAAUUAUAAUUGUUGAAUUUACAGUUAACAAAUUUAUAAAAUGAGUUUGUUUCGGGCUUUCCAUCACCACUGUCCAUUUCGUUCAGAUUUUGUUAAAGUUUUGCUUUGACAUCAUUUUUUUUUUUGUUAAUUUAGUAGUUACCUAGGCAACGUCCCGUACUUUCGUGAUUAUUUCUUGAUAUUCUAUUUAUUUUUCAUUUUUACGUCAAUAUUGUUGAAACUAUGGUGUUUCUGGUGAGUUGUUAAAAAAAUAUUGUACUAUAUACGACUGAUACAGAUUUUAGCGCUCUCAUGAUUUAGCGAUUAACUUGCAUGUAUAUGCUACGAUCUGCUAUUUUUGUUUUGCACCUUAUAUUAUAAUUAAUAUCUAUUAUACUAUCGAAAUAAUCUUAAAAAUAUGCUUUGACAAGAUAAUUUCCGUCUAAUUUGAAUAAUAUUAAAAUAUUUUAGUCCUAAAAUGCUUUUCAAAUUCUCAGGUAAUAAAUAAAGCUUAUAACAAAAUAGUAGGUUAAUUACGUAAACCUCACGAUUCGACUUCACUUAAUUGUUUUUCCAAUUUUUCAAAACUGUUAACAAUUAUUAAAACAAAAAUUAAAACAAUUAAAAAACUUAAAAUCAUUAUUAUAAAAAUUACUAAAAAUUGAAAUUUUACACAAAACUUAUCAACGUAGCAAAUCGUCCGUAUAGUAAAACUAUUCACAUCUACAGCUAAGCACUUGUCGAUCGAAUAACCACUCUCUACCAUAAUUUAAAAUUUGCUAGUGCGCAACGUCUAUUCCUAAUUCGGUCCACCUGUACCACAGUGCAUGUGUCACAUCGUACACAAUGCAAAUAUUGUAUCCACAUAGUACAUAGCGUAAGAAUUUGCGGUUUUUUACGUAGAUUAUACAUUUUACACUACACAUACGAUUUCUUCACAAGGUGGGUAUUUUUUUUUUCAAAUAAAAAUAGGAAUUACUGUA